CUGGCUGCUGCACCUGCGUGCCAUCGCCAUGCCAUGCCAUCCGGAAAAGAGAGGAGAGCACGGAGAGCGCCCCCAUGCGGCCAUGCCCAUGGCCCUGCGGUUUUUUAAUCCUGCCCUCAUGAUUCGAUCCCCCCUGCCUGCUCCCUUUUGCCGGGCCACUCACGUGCGCUCGUCAAACCCAUGUCCCGGAGGGUCAAAACCAACAUCCCCAGCCGGGGAGCCCUCUUCCUCUGAUCCUCCUCUCUCAUCAUCUCGUCUCUGCUAGCUGAGCUCAGCUCGGUCUCUCGCCGUUGUCACACUCCCACUGUCUCACUCCAACGCUGUCGCGCACCCGCUCAGCUGCUACCUAGCUCCACCGCGCCGCUCGAUCCGCCGGCGCUACGAUAAAGCGUGUCGUUGCCGCCGCUGGCCUCCGGCUCGCCGGGGCUUGUCUCUUUGGUGUGGGAUGGAGCUGGGGUUGAGCCUGGGGGAGCCGGCCGUGCCGGACGCCGGGAGGGCGGCGCCGGAGCUGGGGCUCGGGCUUGGGGUCGGCGCCGCGGGAAGUGGGCAUGAGGACGGGAUGGGGAGCAGCAGGGCGGCGGGGAACGGAGCGGGAGCGCGGUGGUGGGCGGCGCCUGUGGACGAGCCGGAGCCGGCGGUGCGGCUCAGCCUCGUGUCCAGCCUCGGCCUUCAGUGGCCGGCGGCUUCCGACGGCGGGCGUUCCUCCGAGGCGCCGGCGCGCGGGUUCGACGUGAACCGGGCGCCGUCGGCGGCGGCGAGCGCGCUCGCGGCGCUGGAGGACGACGACGAGGACCCGGCCGCGGGGGCCCUGUCGUCGUCGCCGAACGACAGCGGGGGAUCCUUCCCGCUGGACCUGGGCCGCCGCGCCGCCCACGCCGACGGCGCCACGGCGCGGGCGGGCGGGGAGCGGUCGUCGUCCCGCGCCAGCGACGAGGACGAGGGCGCGUCCGCGCGCAAGAAGCUGCGGCUCUCCAAGGAGCAGUCCGCGUUCCUGGAGGAGAGCUUCAAGGAGCACAGCACGCUCAACCCCAAGCAGAAAGCGGCGCUGGCGAAGCAGCUCAACCUCCGGCCGCGCCAGGUGGAGGUCUGGUUCCAGAACCGCCGAGCCAGGACGAAGCUGAAGCAGACGGAGGUGGACUGCGAGUACCUGAAGCGCUGCUGCGAGGCGCUGACGGAGGAGAACCGGCGUCUUCACAAGGAGCUCGCCGAGCUGCGCGCGCUCAAGACGGCGCCGCCCUUCUACAUGCACCUCCCGGCCACCACCCUCUCCAUGUGCCCCUCCUGCGAGCGCGUCGCCUCCAACCCCGGCUCCGCCCCCACCUCGGCGCCCGCAUCAUCCACGCCGCCGGCCACAGCCACCACCAACAACAACAACAGCGGUGCCGCCGCCGCCGCCGCACCCGCGCGCGGGGAGCACCGGCCCUCGUCGUUUGCCGCACUGUUCGCGGCCACCCGCAGCUUCCCGCUGGCCCCCCAUCGGCGGCCGCCGGCGCCGGCGAGCAACUGCUUGUAAAUACGCGCGCGCCGCCCGUCUCCGCGCGGUUCCUCCGCUGGUCGGUUGGUUCUCGUGAGAAUUUUUGGGGUUUCCGAGGCCGUCCGUCGCCGUCGCGUCGACGGCUGGGAUGCGAGAAGCGGAGGAUGCUGCUGGCUGGGACUGCAUUAACCCAAUUUUUUUUCUCAAAGUACUCUCUGUUUAUGAUUUUAAGAACAUGCAGCGUUCGUGUUAAAGCACGAAUGGUUCAGGGUUUAAGCUUUGUUUAGGGCGAAGAAAUUUGUUUCAUUUUUUGGGGUUUGAUCGAUCCGCAGCUCAGCUCAGAUCGAAGGACACUGUUGCCACUAUUUAUGAAGUGCAUUUGCUU